ACGGAAGCCAAUUACUUAUAUUAAAGUCCAUUUCUCUUGCUCUCAGCAAAACCUUUGAGGUUUCAAUUUCAACCUCUGAUUUUUCAUUGGUGUUAUUCCAAUGGAUUCAAGAGCUUGCAUCCUUAGACUCAGCAUUGCAUAUCUUUCCCUUUUGAUGCUAAUUUCCACUCUUUUCCCUUUGUGUGAUGCUAUAAAUCAUGGAAGAGGUAGUAGAAGCUCCUCCAUCAAAUCAUGGAAAAAAUUAAAAUCUCAAAACCGUUUAAACAAAUUUUCAUCAUUUGAGUAUUCAGAUAUUGAUUCAUCAUAUGGUUCUCCUUCAUCUCUAGCAUUACCACCUUAUUAUAAUCCACUAGCACCACAACCUACCUCUCUACCUCCCUAUUCCCUUGUUCCAAACCCACCUCAUGAUGUUGUUGGGCCACCAAGCCCAAAAAUCAUAGUUACAACUCCGCCACCUCCAAGCCCACCAAAACAUGUUCCAAGCCCACCUAAAAGUGUUAUAAGCCCACCUAAUGUGUACCCACCACCACCACCCUCACCUUUAGUAAACCAUAAAAAGCCACCGCAAUAUGCUAUUUGGUGUGUGGCAAAGCCCACUGUUCCUGAUCCAAUGAUUCAAUUGGCUAUGGACUAUGCUUGUGGAUCUGGGGCUGAUUGCAAAUCAAUUCAGCCCAAUGGGUCAUGUUUCCAGCCCAACACAUUGUUGGCCCAUGCUUCUUAUGCCUUCAAUAGCUAUUGGCAGAAGACUAAGAAUGGUGGGGGCACUUGUGAUUUUGGUGGUAUUGCAAUGCUUGUCACUGUUGAUCCAAGUUAUGACAAGUGCAGCUUCAUGUUGACUUAGUUGAUGCCGGAUUUCAUACGGUGGAAUGAAUGCUUGCCAGUAACAGGGAUUUGUGUGAUGUUUUUGUUUUUGAUCAAAUGGACAGUGAUCUAUCCUUAGUUUAGCCAUGAAUUAAGUUUGCUUAUAAUAAAUUAAUGUUGACUAUGUUGAUUUCUUUCUAUAAUAUAGCCAUUUGAAUACUUGUUAGAUAUUGAAAACCUCUCCUUCCGACAUGAAUUUUUUAUGUAACAACAAAUCCCUUCUUAGUGACAUUAUUGGAGUUACCUGGAUGUCGAUUUUUAUAGGAAUAUCUAUAGUUGCAAUUUAUGAAUUGUACUUCAGUAUGGUUUUAAAUUGAGUUAAGGUCGCGAAUGCGGUUAUGUUUA